AUGGCGCCGCUCUUCGCGCACUCGGCACCCAGAGCCCCUCGACGGUUCAAGGCGUCGAGUCCCCGGCGGCCGUCAAGGAGAUGGGACGUCGCCCCGCGGGCGCGAUCACCAUGCCUCUACGAAGUCCCGUCGCCACUCGGCCCUCCGCCGCCGCCACCAGUCGUACGGCGCGUCAACAACGGCACAAGCGAUGAGCCCGAGAAGUUGACAAAGAGCAGGCUGCUCGGGCUCUUGAACGAAGCUGUGGUGCAAGUACGGCCUCGACGGCAAUGGUCGAUGGACUAG